AUGGAAAGGAGAAGAGAGGAUUUUGGCAGGCCAAACCCGAUAAAGACUCCCAACAAGUUCAGAAAUAGGGAGAAGUUUUGUGCGUAUCACAACGAAGUGGGGCACGACACCUCUGAAUGUUACGCUUUGAAGGAUGCAAUUGAAGAACUGAUUCGAAGGGGCCGGCUGCAAGACUAUGUGGUGCGACCUGCAAAUCAGCCACCCCAGCAAGCGAAUCAACAACGACCGCCUCCCGAGAAUGAACGCGCACCAGCAGUUCGGACGAUCUAUACGAUCCACGGCGGUCCUCACAUCGCAGUGAAAGAAAUCACUUUCUCCGAGGAGGACGCCAGAGAUAUACACUGGCCGCACAAUGACGCCCUCGUCAUUCGCGCUCACAUCGGCAACAUGGAGGUGCGAAGAAUAAUGGUGGACACCGGCAACUCGGUGAACGUGAUGUACAGGGCCUGUUUCGACUAG